UAACACCAUUGUUCAGUAAAUAUUUACCAUUUACUUAGGCAUUAUGGAAUGACAGCACGUACCAGAUGAAAUAUGAAGCAGCAUCUUUGAAGCCUGAGCAAAGGAACUCAGCAGCCCCAACCCAUUUCAGCUUAACUCAGCCUCACGGAAUCAGAUCACAGACUCUCUCCACUCUGGGCUUGCUACAGCGCUGAUCAUAGAAUCCUCUUCAAUUCCAGCUGGAAUGCUGUGUCAGGCACUUCGCAGAUUUGGUCAAAAGCUGGUACGCAGACGUACAUUGAAGCAAGAUGUGACCCAGAUCAGAUAUUUGAACACACUGGAUUUAGUGACCCUGGGUGUGGACCGCACAGUGGGUAUAGGUGUAUAUGUCCUGGCUGGGGAGGUGAUCAGUAAUCAAGCAGGACCUUCGAUUGUGAUCUGCUUUUUGGUGGCUGGCCUAGCCUCGUUGUUGGCUGGGCUGUGCUAUGCAGAGUUGAGUAUCCGGAUUCCUCAUGCUGACUCUGCAUAUGUCUACACCUAUGUCACUGUAGGUGAACUUGGUGCUUUUGUCACUGGCUGGAACCUCCUCCUCUUCCUUGUUGCUGAUGGAGUUGUGUUGGGUUGGGUGUGGAUGUUAAUUUUUGACAAUCUGCGUGGGGACCAGAUAUCUGAGACCCUGACUGAGAACAUUUCAUCAUAUGUUUCCCGUGUCUUUGAAAAAUAUCUAGGCUUCUUUGUUACGUGUUUUGUAUUCUUCCUCACUGAUUUCUGGUAUCUGUGGGUUUUUGAGUGUUCCCAGAUUUCCAAAUGGUUCACAUUGGUUAAAGUUUUCUUUCUCAGUUUUGUCAUCAUCUCUGGCAUCAUUAAGGAUCUGCGCAACUGGAAGCUCACAGAAGAGGACUACGUGAAGGCUGGACUCAAUGACACCUCUAGUUUGAGCCCUCUGGGCUCUGGAGGAUUCAUGUCUUUUGGCUUCCAGGGGAUUUUCCGUGGCGCAGCUACCUGCUUCUAUGCUUUUGUUGGUUUUGACAACAUCGUGACCAGAGGUAAAGUAACCCAGAAUCCCCAGCAUUCUAUCCCUAUGGGCAUUGUGAUUUCACUGUUCAUCAGCUCUUUGUUGUAUUUUGGUAUCUCUGCAGCACUUACACUUAUGGUGCCUUACUACCAGCUUCGACCUGGUAGCCCCUUGCCUGACGUAUUUCUCCAUAUUGGCUGGGCUCCUGCCUUCUAUGUUGUAACUUUUGGAUUUUUCUGUUUUCUUUCUGCAUGCAUCUUAAACUUUACAGUCCCCAUAUAUAGUCAUAUAAAGAUGAUGGCAGACGAUGGCCCAGUCCUUUGCCACAUCCUCCUGGGGGACCUCAGGAUAAGAAAAGCAUCCCAUCUGGGGCCCAUGUGCCAUUCCGAGUGA